AUGAUAUGCCCGUUCAUGCUCACUGCGGACGGCCAUGAGAACCAGUUCGGCACCAAUCACGCGGGUAAGUGCAGGGAGGCAACCACGUGGGCUGAUCGCACCACACCUCCACUGCCUCCCUCUCCCCCUUUCUUCCGUCCCUCCGCCCCCCCUCCCCCUCUCUUCCCUUUCACCCUCUUCCCCCCUUCCCCUGCACACACCCCCCACCCAAUUGCAUCGCACGUCGUACCCCCUUUAGGCCACUUCCUGUUGACCAACCUGCUGCUGCCGAAGCUCAAGGAAACUGCCAAGCAGGAGGGCGCAGAGGCGCGCAUCGUGAUCGUGUCCUCCGCCGCGCACCAGUUCCCGUACCCGGGCGGCAUCCGCUUUGACGCCAUCAACGCCAAGGAGGGGUACGACUCGGUGAGGGCGUACGGGCAGUCCAAGCUCGCUAAUAUCCUGCACGCUCGGGAGCUCGCACGGCGGCUCAAGGUGCAUGGCUGUUUGACUGUAAAUGCUCUGUACCCAUGGGUGAUUGAUCCUUCAACAAUGGAAAAACCCCCUGCUUCCCUCGCCAACACCCUCCAUCACCCUCCCUCCUCCCCUCUCUCCCCUUCCCUUCUCUCCCUUGAUCCAUGCGAGCAGGAGGAGGGUGCAGGAGUGACAGGUGCGGCCACUUCAUGCUUCCUGGCGGCGCACCCCUCAGUGGCGGGUGCAAGUGGGGGCUACUACGCAGACGCGCGGGCAGCCGAGGGCAAGGCGACGGUUUUGAGCAAGGACAUGGAGCAGGCUGGGAAGCUGUGGGAGCUGAGUGAGCAGAUGGCGAACAAGGAGUAA